AGAUUGUUGAGUAGGUCAAGGCGUGUGAGACCUUAUAAGGUCUGCUAUUCCAUAGCCGCCCCUCCAUCCCCCAAACUUCUUUCCUCAUUGCUAGGCAGCUUAGAAUUUGUAAGAGUCCAUUCAUGAUCUUUUUAACCCAAUAAUUUUGCCUAAAUUGCUGGGCAGCCCAAAACUUGUGAGUCCUUUCAAGGUCUAAAUGCCACAUCUUUCCCUCAAUAACUAUGCUGAAUCACCUGACAGCUCACAACUUGUGAGUCCCCCUAUAAUAUCUCUACCAACCAAGGCAAAAUCUUUUUAAGAUCUGUUACUAGUUCUGAAUUCAUUGGUCUACUAUGCCACAUCUCCAACUCUGAUAACUGAGCCUGGAUUACUGGGUAGCUUGAGAGUACCUGAAACUUACUAUAUAUACUCUUAUUUAGUUGGUGCUUCAAUCCUGUACUUUCCCACACAAGCACAAGCUCUUCAACUAUGGCGUCAAGUUCAAGGUACCAGCAAGUGAUUGAUGAAUUCGAAGCAAUAACGAAGGAUGCAGAGAAAGUUCAGCUAGAGACAUUGAAGAAGAUAAUAGAGCUUAACAGUGAAACAGAGUACUUGCGUAAGUGGGGUCUGAAUGGCAGAACGGAUCCCAAAAGCUUUAGGUCAUGUGUUCCUCUGGUUACCCAUGCUGAUAUAGAGCCUUACAUUAACAGAAUUGCAGACGGAGAUAAAUCCCCUGUUCUGACCACUGAACCCAUCAGAAGCUGGUCCUUAAGCUCUGGCACUACAAAUGGGAGACCAAAGUUUGUUCCUUUCAAUGAUGAUUUGGUGGCAUCAAGUUUGCAGGUUUUUGCAAUUUCAGGGUCCUAUAGAGCUCUGUUGUUUCCAAUCAUGCCCGGGGGGAGAUCCCUUGAAUUUGUUUAUGGCAGCAAACAGAAGCGUACCAAGGGUGGGUUGGUAGCCUCCACUGCAACCACAAAUUUGUUUAAUAGUGCAGAGUUUAAGAUUGCAAAGAAGAGCAGCCAAGUCUUUGCAUGCAGCCCAGAUGAGGUUGUGUUUGGGAAUGAUUCUCGACAAUCCUUGUAUUGCCAUCUCCUAUGUGGGUUGCUAUAUUCAAAUGAGGUACAAUAUGUGUCAUCAACAUUUUCAUACAGUAUUCUACAUGCUAUUCGGACAUUUGAGCAAGUUUGGCAAGAGCUUUGCAUCGAUAUCAAGGAAGGAAAACUCAGUGAACGAAUCACAGAACCCUCCAUGAGGGAAUCUGUUUCAAAAUUACUCAAACCUGAUCCUGAAUUGGCAGACACAAUCUAUGAAAAGUGUGAAAAUAUGGAGAAAUCUAACUGGAAUGGAGUAAUCCGAAAGCUUUGGCCCAAUGCCAAGUAUAUCUUUUCUAUCAUGACAGGUGCCAUGGAACCCUACUUAAUGAAACUGAGACAUUAUGCAGGGGAUCUACCAUUGGUGAGUGCAGAUUAUGGUUCCACCGAAGGUUGGAUUGGAGCCAAUUUAGAUCCCAAAACCCCACCAGAAAACACAAUUUUCACAGUGGUUCCCAACAUUGCAUAUUUUGAAUUCAUUCCACUCCAUGAAGAAUCCAAAUUGGAUGAGCCUAAUGAAGCUAAUGGCAGUGCCCAAGAGUCUAAGUCAGUGGGUCUUACAGAAGUGGAAGUGGGUAAGGCAUAUGAGGUAGUUUUCACAACAUUUGCUGGGCUUUACAGGUACAAGCUUGGGGAUGUAGUGAGAGUAGUUGGAUUUCACAAUUCUACUCCUCAGUUGUCAUAUGAACGCAGAAAGAACCUCCUGCCUUCUGUAAACAUCGACAAGAUCACUGAGAAAGAUUUGCAGAUAUCUGUUGAGAAGGCUACCCAACUCUUGAAGGAAGAAAAUGUGGAGCUGGUUGACUUCACAAGCUCUACAGAUAUGUCAACUGAGCCAGGACACUAUGUGAUAUAUUGGGAGCUUAGUGGCAAAAUGGAUGAAAACCUUCUAAGGAAAUGCUGCUCAGUCAUGGACGAGUCUUUUGCUGAUGCAGGGUAUGUUGGUUCCAGAAAGGCCAAAACCAUUGGACCUCUUGAACUUCGUAUACUAGAAAAGGGUACAUUUAGGAAGAUUCUGGAUCACUACUUGAGCCUUGGAGCAGUAGUCAGUCAGUUCAAAACUCCUCGUUGCAUCAGCUGUAAUCCUGCCUUGUUUGACAUUCUGAACAAUAGUGUAAUACAAAGGCAUUUCAGCACAUUUCUCUCUUGACAUGUAAUAGUUUGAGGUGGUGGCUAUUCAGUCAACUAAAAUGCAAUUUAUACGAAGGGGAGUUUUAUAAAAAAAAAGUUGUGUUCUUCUUUGUAUGGAUUGCAUUUUAGAAAGUUGUUCUCUUUUGUAUGUAUUGUGUUUUAGUUUACUGAAUAGCCGUCUCCAUAUUUUGAUUGUCAAUCCACAUCGAGAAGCCUAAGGUGUUGAAAUUCCAAGGCUUGCAUAGUAUAUGAUGUUAUUUGUAUGCACCAUCUUACCCUAAAUAAAUAAAUAAUCUAUUGUUCAAA